AUGGAGACUCCAAAUUCAUCUCACACCGCCAACAUCAGCAGUGUUGUCACCGCUGGCCUCUUCUCUAAGAGCCUGUAUACGACUGUGGAGAUAGUGCUCAUCAUCCUGGUGGCUGGAUCUCUGAGUCUGAUCACUGUCAUCGGAAACAUCCUGGUCAUGCUCUCUAUAAAGGUGAACAGGAACCUGCAGACCGUCAACAACUACUUCCUGUUCAGCCUGGCCUGUGCAGACCUCAUUAUCGGUGUCUGCUCCAUGAACCUCUACACUGUCUACAUUGUGAUUGGCUACUGGCCCUUGGGAGCGGUAGUGUGUGACCUGUGGUUGGCUGUCGAUUAUGUUGUCAGCAACGCCUCCGUCAUGAACCUGCUCAUCAUUAGUUUUGACCGCUACUUUUGUGUCACCAAACCUCUCAGUUACCCAGCACGCCGCAGUACCAAGAUGGCAGGCUUGAUGAUUGCUGCAGCCUGGGUGUUGUCCUUCAUCCUGUGGGCUCCAGCCAUCUUGUUUUGGCAGUUCAUCGUAGGUGAGAGAACGGUGCCAUCAGGUGAGUGCUACAUCCAGUUCUUCUCCAACCCAGUGGUGACAUUUGGCACAGCCAUAGCAGCUUUUUACCUGCCAGUGGCCAUUAUGAUCCACCUCUACUGGCGCAUCUCCAAGGCCAGCCGCAGCCGCGUGAGAAGGAACAGCAGGAAGACUUCAGGGACCAGUUUGGGAGAAGGCCCAUCUCACAGCCAGGAGGAUGGGUGUGAGAGCCAGAACAACUGCAUCACAACAAGACAGGAGCCUGGGGAGGAUGGAGAUGGGAAGGAAAAGGAAAUGUUGCAGCAGCAAAAUGGAAGUGGCCCAUGCAAGGAAGAAAAACCAAACCAGGUGGAUGCCGUGGAUGACAACAUCCAUGCUUCAACAUCUAAGGACACUGAAGUCUCUACUUCAUCACAGAAAGGAUCAAAUAACAGAAAAAAGACAAAGCAAACACAGCCACCUUCCCCAGUGACCUCAGCUGCAGACAGACAGAGUCUGGUCUCAAGGACAUUGUUUAAGGUGACAAAGCAGACUGCUGUGGCAAGAUGGAAAAAGAAAGGCCCAUCUUCCAGGGAGAAAAAGGUGACACGCACCAUCAUGGCCAUCCUGGUUGCUUUUGUUGCCACAUGGACACCAUACAACGUGAUGGUCUUGAUCACCACCUUCUGCUCCAUUUGCAUCCCAAAUUCUCUUUGGACCAUCGGCUACUGGCUCUGCUACAUCAACAGCACCAUCAACCCGGCCUGCUACGCCCUGUGCAACGCUACCUUCAAAAACACCUUCAAGCACCUGCUCCUGUGCCAGUACAAGAACAUACGCACCGCACGAUGA